GGUUUUAAACCACUAAUGGUUUCCCCCAAAUAUUUCCACUCGUUCCUUCCCUCUCCCCAAAUCCUGCGCAUGCCACAAUUGUUGUUUCCCUCUCUGCUGCUGCGUGCGCACUCUCGCCGCCACGCCGUCGGCUGUGUUGACUUGUCCUGGCGGCCAUUGUCUUCGAUCUACUGCGUGCGCUGUCAGACCGUCAUCGCCGCACUGUCUACUGUGUUGCUUUGCCACGGCGGCCGCGCACCUCUGAUCGCCUACUUCAUAACACAGACAAAAAUUUUGUGUUUGGCAGAAGGAAAAGUGGGUGGAUUUGAAAAUAUUUUCCAAAUAUUUUCAAAUGGCCUGUAAUUUCAUUAUAUUUGAGUUAGCUACUCAUAGUUGUGUGAUGUAUAAGUUGGACAUGUUUAUGAGCUUGUCUAUUUAAGUUGGGUCAUUUUUAAAGAGUUUUGAGGGUUUAUGCCUUAUGGGUCUGACUUAGUAUGAGUACAUGGACAACUUUACCGGCACCUCGUCAGGACUGUUUUGUUGGAAAGUCAUGAAGAGAAGAGAAAAGAAACUCAUAUAGCAUUUGGUCUUGUAUUAUCAUAUUACACUGCAGAAGAUCGAACUAGCCACGCAAGAGGCAGUUUUCUUAGACUGUGCCUUUGCUUGAGUUUGUUCGAAUUAAUGGUGUGAACAUUUGACAGCAUGGUGAUUUGAGUUCUUUCUUCAA